CUUGUCAUUUAUAGGAUACGGCAAAUCUAUUGGCUAAAGUGAGCGGUAGUGGGCGGGCCGAUUAGUGUGGAGGAGUCGAACAGGAUAGACUGAAAGCGGAGAGCGCCGAGACAAAACAAACGAUGGCUGCCAUUCGGAAAAAAUUAGUGAUUGUGGGAGAUGGAGCCUGUGGUAAGACCUGUCUGCUCAUUGUCUUCAGCAAAGACCAGUUUCCAGAGGUAUACGUCCCCACCGUCUUCGAGAAUUAUGUUGCAGAUAUAGAGGUGGACGGCAAGCAGGUGGAGCUCGCUUUGUGGGACACUGCUGGGCAGGAGGACUAUGACAGGCUGAGGCCUCUGUCCUAUCCGGAUACAGACGUGAUCCUAAUGUGCUUCUCCAUAGACAGCCCCGACAGCUUGGAGAACAUCCCAGAGAAGUGGACCCCUGAGGUGAAGCACUUCUGUCCCAAUGUGCCCAUCAUCCUCGUGGGUAACAAGAAGGAUCUACGCAACGACGAGCUCACGCGUAGGGAGCUUGCCAAGAUGAAACAGGAGCCAGUGAAACCUGAGGAGGGGCGAGAUAUGGCAAAUCGCAUCAAUGCCUUCGGCUACCUAGAAUGCUCAGCCAAGACAAAGGAUGGCGUCCGGGAGGUGUUCGAGAUGGCCACCAGGGCGGCGCUACAGGCCAAGAAGCGCGGCAAGAAGAGCGCCUGCCUCCUGCUAUAGAGUGUUGAGGGAGGCUAGGGAAGGGGCUGAAGGAGUCUUAGCAGGCCAAGGAUAACUGAGAGAAAAAAAUGAGGGAACUUACACCAAACAGGCCAAGUAGUAAAAAUGGAGGUCAUUGUAACAGGCUAAAGUAGGCGUUAAAAGUUUUAUAUUCAAAGGGAUGAUUGACUUCAUUUGUUCUUAUUUUGACCAAAAAACUGUUUAGUACAAGCUACCUUAAAGAAGGCUCAAGACUUGUCUAAUCCUUGUUUAUGCUGGACUUUUAAGUCUAUAUAUAUAUAUAUAUAUCCACACCUUUUUUGUACAUUUUCUGUUUCCAGCCUUCAGCACCUCUUUCAUACACUAGCUUCUUUUGUUGUGAUCCCCACACAUGAUCUGUUACUGAUCCAGAGGCUCCGGUCCACUAUGAGAGUAUGUGAACAUGUGAGAUGUUAGUGUGUGUUCCCACAAUCUCUCCAUCUCCCUGGAGUUCCGUGUGCACCAGCAUUGGCCUGCGUCACAUCUUCAGAUCCUGUUUCGGUCUGUGGGCAUGCAUCUGAGCUGCUGGUUCCUACCAGUCUUCCUGACUAGUGUCUGAUUUUAAAAAUUCAAAGGACUGUGUUAUUUUUUUAUGGUUCCAUAAACAUUCCUAGGACCUCCUGUUCACUCCUUUUACGUUGACGUACCUCUUCUUUCCCCCCUCAUUGGUUACUAUUGAUGCCAGUUAUCUCUGGAAAUAAAAUAGGUGCAGCUCAAUAUUUAAACCACCAGCUGUUUUUAAUUUUAAAUAUCUGAAUUUUUAAUUUCCAUAUAAAGAUACAUUAAAUAACCUGAAUUUA